AGCACCCCAGGGGUGGCUGGAAUAACGUUAUAGCCGAGCAGCUAGCGUUUAUGUUAUAGCCCAGGGGCUUGUGUUUUGUUUGCUGUUUUUCACCAAAGGUUUGGGUGAGGCUAUUAGGGGUUGGAGGAGGCCUCAUAGGGGGCUCACGGUAGCGUGGGGUCACCAGUCCCAGAGAGGGGGCAGCGAUUCAGAAGCCCCAGAGAAGGGGCAGUGCUAGACAGGGCUGUGGAAAGCUCGAGUGCCAGUGAGGCGCAGGGCGAGACAAGGCUGUGGAGAGCCCGAGUACUAGUGAGACGUCGGGUGAGACUGAACAACGUCCAUUACAUCUGCGAGGCUUGGGGUGUGGUAAAGGGAUGGUUGGAGCCACACAUAGCCCAUAAGGCGAGGGUACCCCGAAGCACCCAUUACUGGAUGGGGCCCGUGUACAGUAGGAUAACCGCGUCCCAAGAGGACAAAAAGGCAGCCUCCCUAUAAUAUAUAUAUAACAUCAAAGACAUGGCGGGCGAGAAUAGAGGGUGCCCUUUAGGCAACUUGGCAUGGUAAGGGGGUGUUUGGGGAGACCACGGUGACCCCUAGGAUGCCCUCAUGUUACAGCGGUGCAUUGGCCAGGAAGGCUCAGCCGUGCGUGAACAAGGAGGGAGAAUGGACCUGUGGGCAAGAAUAACUUAGGACGGAGUUAUAGGAAAGCAGUGGGGCUGCAGCCUGCAAAGUUGGGUGGAAUGAGAAAUUCCCAUUGCGCGGGAUCUCGUGGAGUAAGACUGAGGCCCCGACCCAGAAAAACAAGGCCGGGAUAGUUAUGGCUCAGGCAGGAAAUAUGGGAGGCCAGAGACAGGAAAACAUGGCCUGGCAACUGAGGACGGAUGAGAUGGAGGAGAAGAUGACCCGGUUGGAGUGGGAGCUAGGAAUAGCAAAAGCCCAGGAAGAGAGAGCGGAGGCGAAGGCCUCCGCAUUAGAGCUACAGGUACAGUCGGGCAAGAAAGAGGGAGGAUCGAAAGAAAUCAGGCACCUAGUGGCGGUAGAGGCAGAAAAGACUCAGGCAAUUGAACAGCUCAUUUCCCAGGAGGCUCAGAGGAGCUGGGAGAGGGAAGAGAAAUUGAAAAAAUUGCAGGAGGAAAUGAUAGCAGGGAGGACAAAGUCUCUGGAAGCCGGCACCAAACAGGUAGAAGAACAUAAGAAGGUGCUACAGAAAUUACAGGUAGCAAGAGGCCUGAUAGGGGUACUCCAAAAGGAAGUCCAUAGCCAAGAGGACCAGAUAAGGGAAUUACAGGAGGAGUUAGAGAGUUGGCAACAGAGAGGUAUACGUGCAGAAGAUCUUGCACAGGAAAUGCGGGACAAGCUGAUGGAGAGCCAUACACAGGCAGCAGAGACCGACAAAGUGCUCUUGCAGGAGGUGGAAAAGAUGAACAUUUUCAGGGCAGGUUAUGAGGCAGUGGAGAAACAAAGGCUGUCCCUGGAAGGGGAGCUAAAGACCAAGGAGAGAGAGAAUGACUGGUUACAGACCCACUUACGGAGUAUGGAGGGGGAAAAAGACCAACUUGGGCAACAGGCACAAUCCCUUAAAACCCUCCUAGAAGACAGCCUAGCUAAGGAAGAGGGGACAAGGGCAGACAGUGUGCAGUUACAGCUGGAAGUGCAAACGAUGAGGCAAGAAAUCCAGGGGCUGGAGACUGAGAGAAGAAGGUUACAAGAAGCAAAUGACCAGAUGGUUAAAAAGAUCCAAGACCUGGGGGAGGGUGAGAGGUUAGACGAAAGAUGCGUAGCAAACCUCGUAGAAGCAGGGCAGAAACCUCAGACCUUAAAUACCGCGAACAUAAUGCGGGCAAGGUUGGAGGCUCUGGGAAUCCAGCUAGUGGAGCACAUGCGGGCCGCCAAGUAUGAACACCAAGAACAGUAUAGAGAGAUGGAAAUAUUGAAGGGGUCCUUGAAGGAGGCAGAGGCACUGUUAGAAAUAAUCCGAUCGAGACCUCUGAAGUAUCUCGAGCCAACAAAGUUCCCCAGAGACCUAGGCCCAGGGGAUCCUAGGGAGGAGGCUGGAACAGGACAGUCCGGAAAAAGCACCAGGAAGGAAAAAUCUGCAGGGGAGAAUUCUGUGACCUUAUAAAAGCAGGCCCCGCCAGCAAUCUUAGAGUAUUGGACCCGGAGAUGGGACCAAUGGCAGAAGCACCAGGCGAUGGAGAUGAACCGGCUAAGACGCCAGCUGGGAGAACUAUUCAGACCCCAGGCUAAGGGAAGAGUUACAGGACCCAGUCAGGGGCAGCCAGGUGGAGUGGACCAGGUAGAUGUGGGGAUGGCAGGGAAGGGUAAACAGACGACCCCAAGGAGUGAGACCUCCUGCUUAAUUUGUCAGGACUAUACACAGGCGGCCCGGGGCCUGGGGCGAUAUGGAUCAAAGAUAGGCCCCGCAAAAAAAGGAUCAGUGGAGCACAGACAAGAAAACUGGGGAAAAGGGCAGGAGAUGAGGAGAAGGGAACAAAACCCAAAGGGGGGACCGAAGCCUGAAAAGAGACCGCAAAUCUAUGUGAGGAAUAUCCCUAGGCAGCUUAAGUGGUGGAUGUUGAGGAAACUCAUUGAAGAGAAAGUUGGACGGGUAGCCUAUGUAAAGAUCUAUAAGGGACUGGGAGGAAGAUCUACUGGCCAGGGGAAGGUAGAGUUGUGGAGGGGAGAAGAUGCCCAGAAAACGUUGGAGAGACAGUGGAAGAUCUGGGGGAGUCUUCAGGAUCUCCAGAAAGUCAUAAGGAGAUGAGAAACCCCACAACUGGCCCUAGGAAACAGAGCAGGGUAUACAGGGGUCGAAUAUAGGCAAGCUAGAUGUGAGGGAGAGAAGAACCCCAAAAAGUAGACAAGAACUCCCGGGGGAGAAAUGAGAAAGUGUAAGCCAGCACACAACGGGGCUCAGUUUUAGGGGAGCAAGGGAAAUGUCUUUUCUUCCCCCCACCACCUUUCUCACAGGAUACUAGCAUGGGAGGAGAGGAUAACUGGAAGGCGAGAGCUCAACCGACUGAAAGUUCAGCCUACCAAGGUUGGCUAAUGUGGGGGGACUGCCCGUGGCGGGGCAACUCCUAUGAAAUCCCACAUGGUGCACCUUGAGGAAAAGGUGAGUAGGGGGUGCCUGAACACUGCCCCCCCCCGCCGGCCUCUGUAUAGAUGAAUGGUCGGCGAGCAAGAAUGAGAGCUUAAGAAGAACAACAGCAAAGACCGCCCUGGUGAGUCGGGGUCUUAAGGCGGGGAGGUGUGUAGCAGGGCACUAAGGUGCCUGCUACUUUGAGAGCAGGGAUAGGAACCCAGGUGCAGGUUGCAGGGACAACCGCUUAAUGAGGGAAGUGGCUGCACCUGCACCUGGCCUGUGACCGGAAGCGGCAGGACCUGGCUGCUAUAUAAAUCCCAGGCCUGAGGCUGGGGGGGGUUCCCUGCUGGCAGCCAAGGGGGAAGGAGCUCUGCCUGAGAGAGCAGAGGGAAGAGGCCUGAAUGCACGAGCAGCUUGAUAGUGAGGUGGAAAAAUUAUUCUCUCCAAUCAUGAACAACAUGUGCCCCCAGCAGCUGGGGAGGCACGGCAGCAGUGGGAGCAUGGUGACAGCGGCGGGAGUAUGGUGACGAUAUCCAGUGGGGAGGAGAGAAACAAUAUCAUGUGACUGGUGACCAAUCACAUGCCACAAAUAGCAAACAACUGAAAAGAACAACUUGCAGGCUUAAGUUUGUUGGUAUAAACUAUUUGCCUGAAAAUAUCAUACCCAUUUCCAGAAACUAAGAUUGGUCUAUCAACAGCACAAGAGCAGGAAAAAGAUUGAAGUUCACUGGAUAUUUUUUCCCUAAGAAAUAAAGUUUCUCAGUCAUCCUGCUCAUCUGUUUUCAACAGGGAACUUGAGAUACUGUGUCUAAAAAAAAAAAAAACUUGACUAGAGAAUCCCAAACUAUUGAACUAUCUUAUAUAUACUAUAGGAGUUAAAGCUGACAUUUGUCAAACAUUUGCUAAAGAAGUUCUUUUUAUAUUGGUAGACAUUUGUGUGCAAGAGAUUCAUUCAUUUAACGGGUUUAGAUACUAUUAGCAAGUCUAGUGAUCAUUUCUCUGAUUGCUUUGCCUGAUGAAAUUUGUAUUUAUUCCUUUACUGUGUAUUAAAGGACUUUACUGGGUGCAUAGAAACCACAGUUUGGUCUCAUUAAAGGCAAGCUUUUAAGAGAUUUAUCCUUAUC